AUGCCAUCAUCAUCUCCACAAACCGCCUUGUCAUAUCAGAUAGUUGACUCUUUAAUCUGGCUUAGAAUUCGAGACAUGAUAAAUGAUGUUAGGAAGAAAAAGUUGAAUAUGCGACCUGUCACGUAUUUUAGUGGUUCUCAAGGCUCUGAGACUGAUAUUCCACAUGGAUACAUAUGGAGUCCUCAUCUUGUUCCUAAACCAAAAGAUUGGGGACCUAAAAUUUAUGUGGUUGGAUUUUGUUUCCUUGAUCUCGCAUCAAACUACAAACCCCCUGAAGAACUUGUACGCUGGCUUGAAGCUGGCCCAAAGCCUAUCUACAUUGGGUUUGGUAGCCUUCUAGUUCAAGAGCCUAAGAAAAUGACACAGUCAAUUGUUAAAGCCCUAGAAAUGACUGGACAAAGGGGCAUCAUCAAAAAAGGAUGGGAUGGUAUUGGUAUCUUAACAAAGCCAAAGGAUUUUGUAUACUCGUUGGAUAACAUCCCUCAUGACUUGAUUUUCUUGCAAUGUGCAUCUGUGCUGAAAAAUGCAGACAAAUGGUUGGAGAAACCGGAUCAUCCCAAAGUGGAAAGUUCACCAUUUUCAACUGUUGUUCUUGUUGGUGACCAUUGUCAGCUCGGUCCGUCCUAUGUUCUUUUAUAUCCAGGUCAAGGUGGGCCUGAUGACUGCAAAUUUAUACCUCAAGCUCCCCCCGAUGGUCCUCUGAGGAUACUAAAGAGCAAAUCUUGUAAUGUUGAUGGAAGAAAGGAAUAUGAAGCCACUUGA